CCCUCAGCCCAUGGUGCACCGCGGCGCCAAGAUGGCGGCGCCCAGCGAGGGCCGGCCGGGCCGCGGCGCUUCCCCGUUCCCGGGCACGGAGGGCGGCCCCUUCACGUUCCCUUUCCCCGUCCCGCACGGCGCCGCGGGAUCUGGGGCGGAGGAGCCGGCCAAGAAGCCGUGCCGAGCCUGCACGGACUUCAAGAGCUGGCUCCGCGAGCAGAAGAAGCAGGCAGCGUCGGGCGGCGGGGAUCUGACGGCCACAGAGGAGAAGGAGCCACCACCGAACUGUCCUCUGGACAGUGAGCAGCUGGGCCGCAGCACAUGGGGGUUCCUGCACACCAUGGCGGCCUAUUACCCCGACCGGCCCACCGGCGCCCAGCAGAAGGACAUGAGAGACUUCAUCAACCUCUUCUCCAAGUUCUACCCCUGCGAGCACUGCGCUGAGGAUCUGAGGGAAAGAUUACGUACAAAUCAGCCUGAUACUAGCAACAGAACUAACUUCUCCCAGUGGUUGUGUCUUCUUCAUAAUGAAGUGAACAGGAAACUGGGGAAAGCAGAAUUUGACUGCUCUCGUGUGGAUGAGCGCUGGCGAGAUGGUUGGAAAGAUGGGAGUUGUGAUUAAUCCAUAGAGACUGCUUUGGAAGUCUAUCAGACCAAUCCAAUCUGGUGUGGAGUCACUGCAGGGACAUGUGUGAGUCAGCGACUGUGUGUUUGUGUGUGUGACUGCUACGGAAAUAAAGGUAAACCAAUUCUAA